AUGAAGAAACUACGCCAAGAGGAAAUGACUCCAAAAAAUCCACAGAUGUUGCGUGCUCAUGCUGUUGAUCUAAAUGGGAACCAAGUGGAAAAUCCAAUCGACAUUGUCAUCAACGUCAUCGACCAAAAUGACAACAGGCCAGAGUUCACCCACAACAUCUUCAACGGGUCUGUGCCUGAGGGCUCCAAACCUGGUUCCUUUGUGAUGACAGUGACGGCGGUGGACAAAGAUGACCCUAAAAUGGCCAAUGGGAUGCUUCGGUACAAGAUUCUGUCCCAGAGUCCUCAGAGCCCCUCCUCCAACAUGUUUACUAUCAACAACCGCACGGGCGACAUCAUCACUGUGGCUGCAGGCCUGGACAGAGAGAAAGUGACCCAGUACAUGCUGAUCAUCCAGGCCACAGACAUGGAGGGAAACCCCACGUAUGGACUCUCCAAUACAGCCACCACAGUCAUAAAGAUCACUGACGUCAACGACAACCCUCCAGAGUUCACUACGGACACGUUCUUUGGCGAGGUGCACGAGAACCGCGUGAAUGUGAUCGUGGCUAACCUGACUGUCACAGAUAAGGACCAGCCGCACACCACUGCCUGGAGUGCAGUGUACCGCAUCAUCGCCGGAGACCCCACUGGACGCUUCUCCAUCCCCACGGACCCCACCACCAACGAGGGCCUGCUCACCGUAGUCAAGCCCAUAGACUAUGAGCUGUCACGCUCCUUCAUGCUGACUGUUGAGGCAGAGAAUGAGAUCGCUCUGGCCCGCGGUAUCCAUCUGCCUCGCCAGUCCACAGCCACAGUCUCUGUGCGCAUCCUAGACCUGAACGAGCCCCCUGAGUUCAGCCCCAACCCCAAGUCCAUCAAACUGGAAGAGGGUCUGCCCGCAGGCUCCCUGCUGACCACCUUCACCGCCCAGGACCCUGACCGCUACAUGAGGCAGAAUGUCAGGUACUCAAAGAUGUUCGAUCCUGCUAACUGGCUAGAGAUAGACCCAGAGAAUGGGCGUAUCUCCACCAUCGCUGUUCUGGACCGCGAGUCACCCUACAUCAAGAACAAUCUUUACAAUGUCACCUUCAUGGCCUCUGACAAUGGCAUCCCUCCAGCCAGUGGCACCGGUACACUGCAGAUGUACCUACUGGACAUAAAUGAUAACGCUCCCCACGUAUUUCCUCCGGAGGUGGAGAUGUGUGAGCGCCCGGACCCCAGCGGCAUCAACAUCACAGCCAGCGACCCAGACCUCAAUCCCAACGCCGGACCCUUCGCCUUUGAGCUCGCCAACCGCCCCUCCGAUGUGCGCCGUAAUUGGACUCUCGCCCGACUCAGCGGUGAGCACGCCCAGUUGCGCCUGCGGAUCGGCUCCCUUUCCAGUGGGAUCUAUGAGGUCCCCAUCAUCAUCACUGACUCGGGGAACCUACCCAUGUCCAACACAUCCUACCUGCGGGUGAAGGUGUGUCAGUGUGAUCACCAUGGCGACUGUGUAGACAUGGAGAGGAUCAUCGCCGCAGGGCUUGGGACCGGCGCCAUCAUCGCCAUCCUCAUCUGCAUCAUCAUUCUUCUAGUGUUGGUGCUGGUCUUCGUUAUGUGGAUGAAGAGGCGUGACAAAGAGAGGCAGGCCAAGCAGCUCCUGAUCGACCCCGAGGAUGACGUGAGGGACAAUAUACUGAAAUACGACGAGGAGGGGGGCGGAGAGGAAGACCAGGACUAUGAUCUGAGCCAGUUACAGCAGCCGGACGCUCUGGAGCCUGACUGUGUGAAGGUGGGGAUCAGACGUCUAGACGAGAGGCCCCUGCACCAUGACCACCAGUACCCCGUGCGCUCUGCGGCCCCUCAACCAGGGGACAUCGGAGACUUCAUACAUGAGGGCCUGAAGGCUGCCGACAACGACCCCACAGCGCCCCCUUACGACUCUCUGCUGGUGUUUGACUAUGAGGGCAGCGGCUCUACCGCAGGCUCCCUCAGCUCCCUGCACUCUGGCUCUAGCUGCGGAGACCAGGACUAUGACUACCUCGGCGACUGGGGCCCACGCUUUCGCAAACUAGCUGAUCUUUACGGCGGUGGAGAUGAUUAGACCACACCCCCUUACCAUUGAACCACCCACCUACCCCGUUGUACUAUUGGCUACAGUGAUACGGAGGGGUGGGGCUUCGUUUUGAGGACUAUAUAAUGUUAUAAAGUGGAAGAAGAGGCGUGUUUUUGUAUGGACCACAAGACUUGAAAUGAGGGGAUGAUGACAUCAUGCCCCCUACUGUUGGACCGGCUAACUUACCCCAUUGUCCUAUCCGCUAAUGGGCGAGUGCUUAAUUUGGGGUACCACUAUAAUUGUUUUGGGGUGCAUAUCGUGGAAGAAGAGGUGCUCCCUGGGACUGGCUGCCUCAUGAGAACUUGCUAUGCUAACACCCAGGCUUGCAUUCUCCAGGCUUGAAUGAAUGACAUACGUUAGCCACAAGCUAACAUAGAGAAACAGGACAGUGCACUGAAUUUGAAAAUUUUUGGAUAUUACAGAAGGGAAGAAGCCAGCGGUGGUUGGGAAACGUUAGUGAAUUAGCCUUAAGAGGUAACUGUUGGUAUAAGGCCACAUGCAAAGAAUUGCCAACAAGCUAACAGCUAAAACAUGACUAGAAUUGAGCUAAAUCACUAAACCAGAUGAGUAUCACUAACAGGACGCUGUAUAUAUCCCAGAUAUUAAGAACUACCGCCUUAACUACGCUCAUGAGAUCUAUAUGAGUAAUUUAACUAUUUGUAAUAUUUCUAGAAAGAAUUUUAAGUUUUUGUUCAGAUUUGGAGCAACCCAGUUCGUGGCUAUGCAUGGUAUCCUCAAUUUGUAGAACGCCUCAGUAACACCAAGCAGAGCACACACAAAUAUGCAAACGGACCACUGUUUUUGAGGCUAUGCAAAAUACUAGAUGAAGGAUAGUGUUAGCUUGUAGCAUCUGCUAAUUGUAAGCCACGCAGUUAACAUUAUGAAAACACACACUGACAGCAACAUUUUGCGUAUAUAACAGGUUUUAAAGUUUUUCGGAUUAUUAAAGCCCCCAAAAAAUCUCAGCCAAAAAAAAA